AGCCCUCGCAGGCCCCGCCCCUGAGGCGCCGCCCCGCCCCGCAGCCCCGCUCGCUCCCAUGGCCCCCCCCCGGGGCGGCGCUGGCCGCGGGGCUCCUCUUCUUCCCGGGGCUGUUCGUGCUGGCCCGGGCCGCGCUGCGCCGGCGCUGCCCCGAGCCGCACGCGGCCAUCCUGGCCGCCAGGCUGGUGUCCUCGGUGCAGGCGGUGAUGGCCUCCACGGCCGGGUACAUCAUCUCCUCCUCCUGCCAGCACGUCAUCGAUGACCAGCACUGGCUGGCCAAGGCCUACCCCGAGUUCGCCGUGCCCUACUUCAUCUACGACGUGUACGCCAUGUUCCUGUGCCACCGGCACCGCGCCCGCGUCAAGGGCCACGAGGCGGCUCCUCCCCCGUCGCUGCGCGCGGCCGCCGGCUCCUACCUGCGCAAGGACCUGCUCAUGGUGCUGCACCACGCGGCCAUGGUGCUCGUCUGCUUCCCCGUGGCCACCCUCUGGCGUCAGGGGAAGGGCGACUUCUUCUUGGGGUGUCUCCUGAUGGCCGAGCUCAGCACCCCCUUCGUCUGCCUCGGCAAGGUCCUCAUCCUGCUGGGGCGGCAGCACACGGCUCUGCACCGCCUCAACGGGCUGACGCUGCUGGUGACGUUCCUGCUGUGCCGGGUGCUGCUCUUCCCGUACCUGUACUGGGCCUACGGGCGGCACCGGGGGCUGCCGCUGCUGCGCGUCCCCGCGGCCCUGCCCCCCGCCACCAACCUGGCGGCCGCCGCGCUCCUCGCGCCGCAGCUCUACUGGUUCGGCCUCAUCUGCCGCGGGGCCUGGCGCCUGCUGCGCCCCGCGGCCAGACCCACGGAGAGCCCCAUAGCGGGGCCCAUGGACAGACCCACAGCCGGCAGCGGGCCUCAGCGACACCCUCCCUGAGCCCCACGGCGCCGCCUGUCCCAUGGAGAGCCCCAUAGCCCCAGGCCCCACUGCCCUCCCCACUCCCACCCUGAGCCCCAUGGACAUCCUAUCUGAGCCCCAUGGAGAGCCCUGGAACGCUGGGGUGCUCUAUGGGGCAGCCUGGGGUCCCUAUGGGGCGGUAUGGGGGGGUCCUGGAGUCUCUGUGGGGCACCCUAAGGUGUAAGAGGGUUUCUAUGAGGGACCCCAGGAUCUCUGUAGGGCACCCUGGUAUCAGUAUAGGGCACCCUGGGAUCUCUAUGGGGCACCCUGGGGUCUCUAUGGGGCUCCGUAUGGUCUCUAUGGGGCACUCUGUGGUCUCUAUUUUGCAGCUGGGGUCUCUAUGGGUCACACUGGGCUCCCUACUGGGCACCUUUGGGUCUCUAUGGCGCACCCUGGGGUCUCUAUGGGGCAGCAUGGGGUCUCUAUGGGUUCUCUAUGGGUCCCACAGCUUCACCAUGGAGAGCCCUGGGCCCCACAGACACCCCCCCUUAGCCCCACGGCGAGCCUUGGCACUCUGGGAUGCUCUAUGGGGCACUGUGGGGUCUCUAUGGGGCGCUGUGGGGUCUCUAUGGGCCACUGGGCCCUCUAUGGGGCACUGGGCUCUCUACGGGCUCUCUAUGGGGCACUGUGGGCUCUACGGGGCACCAGGCUCUCUAUGGGGCUCUGGGCUCUCUAUGGGGCACUGUGGGCUCUAUGGGGCACUAGGCUCUCUAUGGGGCUCUGGGCUCUCUAUGGGGCACUGUGGUCUCUAUGGGGCACUGGGCUCUCUAUGGGGCACUGUCCCUCCAUGUUGUGUCCCCCCCCAAACCCUAUUAAAGGGCUUUGGGAAUGACUCGA